GAUGAAUCAUCAACGUCUUUGGUUCAUCUAGAGCUCCCAAAGACCCCAGGCAGUUACGAGGCCUCCAUGAAUAAUGAUUGGAUCACCGGGGGUAUUUGCCCCCUGCCAGCACUAUAGUAGGGAACAUACUCCUGGGAUGAUGUAUCAUUCAUCCAGACUUUGUUUCAUGCCUGGAGUGGCCCUUUCCCUUACCCCUCUCUCUCUGGGCCACCCCGGUAUCGUGCCAUAUAUUACGGUCGCGUGUCCGGUGGUGGCUCGUUCCUCUUCAGAUACAUACAUUGGUUUGAACAUCCUCCAUCCGUUUAUCUAUCAAUCUUAUCGACUUGAUAUAAGAAGUCACUGAAGUCUUGAAACAAGCAACAUGAACAACCAGCAGAACAACCCUCAGUCUCCUCGCCAUUGGCACGGCAACGUGGGUGAUCGCUAUGAGCACCACAAUGUCUGGGUGACAGGCGGCCCUCCCCAGCCAUACAUGGCUCGACGGCCUUCUGCCGCCGAAGCAGCAAGUGUCACAGAUAACAGACGUGAAUCUGUCUCGUCUAACAUGUCUUCCGGCUCUAACAGCCCCCCAACUGCUCCAAACAGGAGACGGUCUAGUCAGGGUUCGUCCCUCUUCGAAAGUCUGACGAACCAGAAGCGGAACUCCACGGAUCCUGCUUCGGCCGCACGCCGGGCGAGUUACAAUGACCAGGCGCAACAGGGCGGUUUCUUUUCGAAGUGGUGGGAAGGGUAUACUCGUGGUUCUAAAUAAGCCAAUAUCGACUUCACGCUAUGGAGCAAGGCAGAAUGAUUAACUGGAUGGGAAUUUAUUAUGUUGAACGUUUAUAUGACUAUAUGCCGAAGAGUUUUUUUGCUUGAUCUUGUAUUUAUUCGAUCGUAUACAAGCAUAUCGUGUUAAUUGAAGUGGAUCAAUAUAGGGAGAUGCUCCAUAAAUUGAUAGCUUUAGAGUUCGU